AAUAUUUUAUCGAAAAUGAAUGUUUUAAAACUUGUCGAUUAUUCUCCUUCUUCUGAUUCUGGAAAUGAUGAACAAAAAACUCCAAGAGCAACGCCAACUCCAGUUAUUUUUCGUGGAAAACGAGUUUUUCGAAGAAUUAUUUAUUCUGAUCAGAGACCGGAUGCAACACCAAUUAAACGAAAUUCUAGUCCAGAAAAGGUACCCGAACCUUCAAAGUCUCCAAAAAUGUGUUCAUCUGCUACGAAAAAAAUUUCUAAGAAAAAUUUAAAUAAUGAGAUGAAAACGCCAAAAAGGAAGCGUUGGACUAGAGAAGAAUCUAAUAAAUUGAAGGUUUGUGAAUGGAAUUUUUUUUUAUUUAGGUAAUAGUAAAAAUUGGGAAAUUGGUCCGUCUUGGAUUUUUUGGUUAAAUUUAACAAUAAAUUUUUUGGUCUUUUAUGGGAAUCAUUAAGUAUUUUUUGCU